AGUCUCUAGCUCAAAUUGGAGUAACCCUGGUAAGUCUGGUGGAAUCCGGCAUUCACCGGAUUCGACAUUUUCCUGAGAAAGCCCAUCAGAGUGAGCGAACUUGAAGACAUGUUUCCUCGACAAUCUCGUCUAGCCCUGCCAACUAUAGCCAGAUUGGUGCGGUUUAAUGGCAGCAGCCACGUAACUGCUACACCACUGCCUACUCGACAGCCGGAACCAGAGGUUCCUGUACCAUUAACAGAAGAAGAAUUUUCUUCCGCAGUUAUUCAUGGACGCAGCCUCUAUCCCCCGUUAUACCACCCCCGCACUCAUUCAGUUCCAGUCGCUCAGUUGCAGUUCCGCGCAUAUCACCCACAAUUCCUUGAACUGUACAUGCAUUUAGUAGGACAUGCAGCUGCAGCAUUAGGCAUCCCAAUUUCACGCCCGGUGUACUUGCCAACGCAACGCUCGCUGUGGACUGUCCCCCGCGGUCCGUUCGUGCACAAGAAGAGUCAAGAAAAUUUCGAGCGGAAAAUACACAAACGUGCAAUAAAAGCAUGGGAUGCAGACCCGGAGGUCGUCGACCGUUGGGUGCGGUACAUCACUCGACAUGCAAUGCCUGGAGUUGGGCUGAGAGUGACUCAAUGGAAAAGGGCACCUCCUGGUAUCGGACAACAGAUGGUAGAUGCGGCCGUGGGGCAAACCAGACUGGGCUCCGGUGCCGACAACGUCAAGGAGUUGGCAAAGAAAAUUGUGCAGCAGGAGCUUUGAUCUUCUAUUACGUUUUCUACCUUUCGUCUAUCUCGUGCCAUAAUAAAGGCUACCGUCUUUUCAGCUUCCA